AUGUCCGGUGCAAACACUUGGCUGCAGAGGCAGCGAAAGUCAGACCUCGUUGAGAUCGCUCAACAAUAUGGUCUAAAGAACUUCGAAUCCCUCAAGAAAUCCGAGCUCGAGCUCGCCCUCGACGAUUACCUGGGUGCGAACGAGCAAGUAUUCUCGCUCGAUCCCAAGCUCCACCCCUACUAUCAGAAUCGCUAUCAGAAGAGCAUGAGAAUUAUCUCUCCGGCCAAUGAUGACGUACAGGAGAGACCCAGGACUGUGAGACGACGAGCGACCAAGGCCGCGGACGAGAUGCCUCCUCCACCUAUCGACUCUGAUGAUGAGCCUUCCACUGCCGUCGCGCGUACUCCUGCGCGCACCCCUAGUCGCGCGCUCUCUCUCGCAAGUCGCAUCCCACUACCCGCUACACCUGCGGAUGUCGCAGAGGCUGUCGACCGCUCUACAAUCGCCGUAAAGGCACGCGUCGCGACCUUAUACAGGGAGUCCGGCAUUACUGAAGCAACCCAGGCGACGCGCGAGAGCUUGUCGACUGUGACUUCGGUGCUCUUCGCCAUUUCCGUAUUCGAGCUUUACUUCUUGCGCCCCGAGAUCUUGGCAGACCGUUACGCGUUUACUAUCCCGGCCGUAGCGUUCCUCGGAACUAAGGACUUCCCCGUUUUCGUCCCGGAUAUGUUUUUGUUGUUGACGUCUUCGUUCUGGUCGCCCGCGCUGCUCUGGGCCUUUACCAGCGCAAUCCUGCCUAGCAUCGCCGGCUACUUUAUCAACCUGUCUGUCAGCUCCCACCACGGUCGCGUCGGUCGUCGCUCUCACGCAUAUGACCCGGUUGUCGACCCGUUAUCUUUCAGCAUUACCAAGGCUCUGAUCUCAUACGUUGUUUACAACCAGGGCCUCACCUUUGGUGGCUGGAUAGACGAGACAUCCAUCGCGCGCAUCAACACCGCCAUAUACGGUGGCUACAAGGGUAUCUUAACCGGUACCGCCAUCACCGGCAUACUGAGCAUCUACGACGCCGUGCUCAAGAAAUAG